UCUCUCUACCUCUCUCUGUGUGUGUUUGGCAGGGAGAAGGAGAGAGCUUGAGACAUUAAGCAUUCACUUAAAAAGGGUUUGAUUACUCUUUUAUUUAAAUAUGGAAUAUGUGUUUCUUGAUUAUAACACUCUUCUUAUCCUCUUUCUUGAUUCUGAACCAAUAGCUGAUUUGGCUUUGCAGAAUACACAGGAGAGUGACUGUGUCAAAAAUAUUAGAAAGUUCAGUGAGAAUUUUAGAGGCUUUUAAGUAUGAAGAGCGCCGUCAGAAUAUCUGGUAAAUUAUUAGUAAAACUAACUUUUUUACGUUGGAUCCAAAUUGAAUACUCCAUAUUGUUUGCAGCAUUGCAGUGGGCUGACAUAUUGGUGCUCUACGCCAUGUUUGAGAUGCAAGACUAUCUCACUCAAGUUUGGGGGCUAAGUUACACCCACGCUGCUGGAAUCCUCAACGUCUGGAAUGGGAUCUCUUUGCUUCUCCAACCUCUCUUCCUCUAUGCCGUCUGCACCUUUCUUGGAAACUUCCGCAUGCUCGUGCUCUCCAGCUCUUCCUACACUCUGGAUGGGUUUGUAACUUGUAUAGGGAAUAUGGUUAGUGUUCAUGUCAGCUCCCCCGGUUCUUGCCAAAUCAACGGGCACGUGCAAUCAAUACAAGCAGGAAUGCAUAGGCAACACACAAAAGGCUCUCCUCUACACGGGGAUGGCGUUGAUAGCUGUCGGAGUAGCUGGCAACAACGUUUCAGUGGAAUCAUUUCUCAAAGAACAACCAGAAAAAUCUGGUGGUGUGGCCAUAGGUUGGCUGAGGGUGUCAGGUGGGGGUACGGUGGCCAUUGUAGGCUUAGCAGGAGCCAUCGCGCUCCCUCACAUAAAGCCAUGGACCUACCGGUUUGGAAUCCCAGCGGUCUGCACUACUAUUGCUGGCAUAUCCUUUCUCACCGGUUUAUGUUGUUUCCAAUUCGAAUUCAAUGGGCCAAAUGAGGGCCGGAUAGAAAACAUGGAAAGAAUAUUCUCCUGCCCCAUGAUACCAAUGUGGUUGACCUUCUUCGUGUGUGGGAUCAUUACCUCAACCGGCAACACGUACUUUGUGGAGCAGGCAAAGCACCUGGACCGGCACCUAGGAUCGUGGGAGGUGCCUACGCAGGUGCUGCUGCUGGCUCAGACUUGGUUAGGCAAGUUGGUGGCAUGGCUGGCAAGUUACAAAGGACAUUGGGUUGUAAAGGCUAAGAUGUUGGGGGUCAUAUGUUGUAUAGUGGCUGCAGGGAUGGAGAGACAGAGACUCGGGGUUGUUAAGAGCAACUGGUUGCUGGAUAAACCGGAGGAAGAUGUCCCAAUGAGCGUGUAUUGGUUGUUGUUCCAGUUCGUGUUGCUCGAAGGCUCGGAGACGUUGUUAGAGAAUAGUGUGGAGGGGUUUGAUGAAGAAGGCACAAGCGAUGAUCUGAAGGAGUUGAAGAGACGGUUCGGUGAGAUUUUUAGCAAGGGGGUAUCUGGGCAGGAGAGAGGGUGCAUGGAGAUCUUUAGCAAGGGGGUGUCUGGGCUGGGGUUCAUGUGUGGUGUGCUCUUGGUUUUUGUUGUGGGGAAGCUAACCAGCUGGUUCCACUUCACCUUGAACCGGAGUCAUUUGGACCGCUAUUAUUGGCUACUCGCGGUUUUGAGUGCAGCCACUUUAGUUCUAUACGCAGUGGUGCGCUACUAUGUGGGGCCGCAGGCCACGGUGACAUCAUCUGUUUAAUUUGUGUAUUACUACUAUGUCUCAGUUGUUUCAUAAUAAUGGUUUUUGUUUCAAAAGUUGCGAAUUAAUUUAAUCUUUUUUAUAAAAUCUCGUUUGAGUGUUUUUUUAUCUCAUAUCAAUAUUUAUUUAAGAAUUUAAUAGAAAUCUGUCUUUUUUAA